AUGUCUUCGGGUGGCCAUCAUUUUUACUCGGCUUCUCCAUCGGCCCACACACCAACUUCAAGAUCGUUUGCUAUGAGCCCAACUGAUGAUGACAGUGAUGAGGAGGGAAAUGCUAAAGUGGAUUUUUAUUUUCCUGGAGCAGCUAGUCUUUCGGAUCAAUUAGAUAAAAAAGUUAUGGUUGUUUUGAGGGACGGUAAAAAACUAAUUGGAAUUCUUCGCUGCUACGACCAAUUUGUAAAUAUGACGCUUGAAAAAACAGUUGAACGAAUAGUAGUGGAAGAUAAAUAUGGAGAUUUAGAUGUUGGUCUCUACAUUGUGCGAGGAGAAAACGUUGUUCUAAUGGGAGAGGUUGAUGAUACACGAGAAACAACCUUAAAACAAGUCCCAGUCGACGAAAUUUUAAUGCUAAGCAAAAUGGAACAAGAAAAAGAAGAGGAAAGAUCCAAAUUGAGACAAAUGCAUUUGCGAAAUAGAGGUCUUCUUGAGAUUGGAGAGUAUGGAGGUUUUGGUCUGCAUUCUGAGUGGUGA